AUGACUCUGUACGUUACAUACAUGAGUAUAAACUCGCUAAUGGUGAUGCAAAACGCACAUGAUGAUUCUAUCUCCUCGACAAAUUUGUGUAGACAAGUUCUUGAAAGACAUCGUGUAUGUGACCUUGAUUGGCGACUUGCGAUUGUAGGCGGGGGUGGUAUAGCAGAGAAAGGCGGGAAAAGCGCUCGAAAUACAAUCAUCAGA